AUGGCGGAGCAGAGCCCGGAGCCUCCCUGCGCCUUCGGCGAGAGCCCUCGCGGCUGGAAAUCCGGCUGUCAGCGAUCGUGCAGGGGGGAUAAGACACGUGCGAGGCUGCGGUCGCUGCUGCCUGUGCCCAGCACGUCCCCGGGGCCACCCCAGGGCCAGCUCCGCUGCCGCUCCAUCCCUUCCACGUCCCCUCUUGCCGCUCAGGUGGAGGCUUCCCUGGAGGAGCAGAACUUCACCGAGGUCUGGGGCAAGAAAGCCAAGGAGCUCUACGGCAAGAUCUGGAGCAAUUUCAGUGACGCGGAGCUAAAGAAGAUCAUCGGCUCCAUCCAGACCCUGGGACCCUCCAACCUGCCCCUGGAGAAGAGAGAGCAGUACAACACCAUCCUGAGCGACAUGGACAAGAUCUACUCCACGGCCAAGGUGUGCCAGGCCAAUGGGACCUGCUGGGAGCUCGAGCCAGACAUCUCGGAAAUCAUGGCCACCUCCCGCAACUACAAGAAGCUGCUCUAUGCCUGGGAGGGCUGGCACAACGAGGCAGGCAACCCGCUGCGGGCCAAGUACGAGGAGUUUGUGAAGCUGAGCAACGAGGCCUAUCAGAUGGACGAUUUCAAGGACACGGGUGAGUACUGGCGCUCCUGGUAUGACUCGCCCACCUUCGAGGACGACCUGGAACAGCUCUACAACCAGCUGGAGCCGCUCUACCUCAACCUGCAUGCCUUCGUCCGGAGGAAGCUCUACGAGCGCUAUGGCCCCAGAUACAUCAACCUGAGGGGUCCCAUCCCUGCUCACCUGCUGGGCAACAUGUGGGCUCAGCAGUGGAACAACAUUUACGACAUGAUGAUCCCCUACCCAGAGAAGCCCAAUCUCGAUGUGACGAGCACCAUGGUGCAGCAGGGCUGGAAUGCCACCCAAAUGUUCCGGGUCUCGGAGCAAUUCUUCACCUCCCUGGGCCUGGAGGAGAUGCCCACCGAGUUCUGGAACAAGUCCAUGCUGGAGAAGCCGACGGAUGGGCGGGAUGUGGUUUGUCACGCUUCAGCCUGGGACUUCUACAACCGCAAGGACUUCAGGAUCAAGCAGUGCACCACAGUGACCAUGGAGCAGCUCUUCACGGUGCACCACGAGAUGGGCCAUGUGCAGUACUACCUGCAGUACAAGGACCAGCCCGUCUCCUUCCGCAGCGGGGCCAACCCUGGCUUCCACGAGGCCAUCGGCGACGUCAUGUCCUUGUCCGUCUCCACCCCCAGCCACCUUCAGAAAAUUGGGCUCCUCAGCAGCGUCACCGAGGACACAGAGAGCAGCAUCAAUUACUUGCUGAAGAUGGCCUUGGAGAAGAUCGCCUUCCUGCCCUUCGGCUACCUCAUUGACCAGUGGCGCUGGAACGUGUUCAAUGGCCGCACGCCCCCCAGCCGCUACAACUACGACUGGUGGUAUCUGAGAACCAAGUACCAAGGCAUCUGCUCUCCAAUUUCAAGGAAUGAAAGCAACUUUGAUCCCGGUGCAAAGUACCACAUCCCUGGGAACACUCCCUACAUCAGGUACUUUGUGAGCUUCAUCCUCCAGUUCCAGUUUCACCAGGCGCUGUGCGAGGCAGCCAACCACACCGGUCCCCUGCACACCUGUGACAUCUACAUGUCCAAAGAGGCUGGAGCCAAACUCAGCCAGGUGUUGAAAGCCGGCUCCUCCAAGUCCUGGCAGGAGAUCCUGCUGGACCUCACUGGCACGGAUAAAAUGGAUGCUGGGGCCAUCCUGGAGUAUUUCCGCCCUGUCACUGAGUGGCUUCAGCAGCAGAACAACAAGACCAACGAGGUGCUGGGCUGGCCUGACUUUGACUGGCGUCCUCCUAUCCCCGAAGGCUACCCUGAAGGCAUAGAUAAGAUAGCAGAUGAAGAACAAGCUAAAGAGUUCUUGUCUGAGUACAACAGGACAGCUGAGGAGGUGUGGAAUGCUUACACCGAGGCAUCCUGGGCCUACAACACCAACAUCACUGACCAUAACAAGGAAGUCAUGCUGGAGAAGAACUUGGCCAUGAAUAAGCACACACUUGAGUAUGGCAUGAGAGCCAGGCAGUUUGACCCAACUGACUUCCAGGACCAAAGUGUCAUCCGCAUCCUCAACAAGCUGAGCAUCAUUGAGAGGGCGGCCCUACCUGAGGAUGAGCUGAAGGAGUACAACACCAUCCUCUCGGAUAUGGAGACCACGUACAGCACAGCCAAGGUCUGCAGGGACGAUGAAGUAUGUCACCCCCUGGAUCCUGACCUCACGGACAUCCUGGCUUCCUCACGGGAUUAUGAUGAGCUCCUGUUUGCCUGGAAGGGCUGGCGGGAUGCUUCUGGAAAGCCCAUCAGGGAUGAAUACAAGAGAUAUGUGGCACUGAGCAACAAGGCAGCCGUGCUCAACGGUUACACAGACAAUGGGGCCUUCUGGAGAUCCCUGUACGAGACAUCCACCUUUGAGGAAGAUCUGGAGAAACUAUACGCGCAGCUGCAGCCCUUGUAUCUCAACUUGCAUGCCUAUGUGCGCCGAGCCCUCUACAAGAAGUAUGGUCCAGAGCGUAUAAACCUGAAGGGUCCCAUCCCUGCUCACCUGCUAGGCAACAUGUGGGCCCAGUCGUGGUCCAACAUUUUUGACCUGGUGAUGCCCUUCCCGGAGGCCACCAAGGUGGAUGCCACCCCAGCCAUGAAAGCACAGGGCUGGACGGCCAGGAGGAUGUUUGAAGAGUCAGACCGUUUCUUUACAUCCCUGGGCCUCAUCCCCAUGCCACAGGAGUUCUGGGACAAGUCGAUGAUUGAGAAGCCAGCAGAUGGACGGGAGGUGGUGUGUCACGCGUCCGCCUGGGACUUCUACAACCGCAAGGACUUCAGGAUCAAGCAGUGCACAGUGGUGAACAUGGAUGACCUAAUCACGGUGCACCACGAGAUGGGCCACGUGCAGUACUUCCUGCAAUACAUGGACCAGCCCAUCUCGUUCCGUGAUGGGGCCAACCCUGGCUUCCACGAGGCUGUUGGGGAUGUCAUGGCCUUGUCCGUCUCCACCCCCAAACACUUGCACAGCAUCCAACUGCUGGACCAAGUCACAGAAGAUGAAGAAAGCGACAUUAACUACCUGAUGAGCGUCGCCUUGGACAAGAUCGCCUUCCUGCCCUUCGGCUAUCUCAUGGACCAGUGGCGCUGGAAGGUGUUUGAUGGCCGGAUCAAGGAGGAUGAGUACAACCAGCAGUGGUGGAACCUCAGGUUGAAGUACCAAGGCUUGUGCCCACCAGUACCUAGAUCUGAAGAUGAUUUUGACCCUGGAGCCAAGUUCCACAUCCCUGCCAAUGUCCCAUACAUCAGGUACUUCGUCAGCUUCGUGAUCCAGUUCCAGUUCCACGAGGCGCUCUGCAAGGCGGCCGGGCACACGGGACCCCUGCACACCUGUGACAUCUACCAGUCCAAGGCAGCUGGCAGCCUCCUGGGGGAGGCCUUGAAGCUGGGUUUCAGCAAGCCUUGGCCUGAAGCCAUGGAGCUCAUCACCGGCCAGCCCAACAUGUCUGCUGAGGCCCUGAUGAGCUACUUCGAGCCACUCAUGACCUGGCUGACCAAGGAGAAUGAGAAGAACGGGGACGUCCUGGGCUGGGCCGAGUACGACUGGACCCCAUAUGCAGCUACUCAGGCACAAGGCGGCUCUGACCGAGCUAAUUUCCUGGGCAUGUCCCUGGGCACAAGUCAAGCCACAGCAGGCGGCUGGAUCCUGCUUGCCCUGGCCCUCGUCUUUGUGGUGACCACCAUCAUCUUGGGUGUCAAGAUGGUCUUAGUCAGGAGAAGGGCCUUCAAAUCCAGCUCGGAAAUGGAACUGAAAUAAGGCAGCUCCCAGGGGGAGCAGCACGCACACCGUGCAAGCA